CAAAGAGUUUUUUUUUUUUUUUAGUUUUAUAGGCUAGCUAUAUGGAAGUUUCAGAAAGAUCCACCUCUGAAAACAUAUGACGCGCCAGUUUAUCAAGUACAAAUACAUCACGAAUCUCCAUCAUGGAAACUGAGCAGGAUUCCUCGAAGGCCAUGGGUCUGUAUGAAUCGAAGCUGGUCACCCUGGACAUUCAGCGCAACGUCAAGGUCCUCGACGAGUGCAUUUGGAAGGUGGAGACAGUGUUCCUCCUGCCACCCCUGCUAGCGAAUCUGGACGGGCUGUCAGCAGGAAGAGGGGAUGAGCUGGUGCAGGUGCUGCAAGAGCACAGGCUCCUGGAGGAGAAGCUAGCCACUCAGCAGCAGACGUGUCUGGAAGGGAAGGGGGAGGAAGAAAUGAAUCAGCUGGCAGGGCUGGAACAGGAAUUCUGUGGCUCUCUUCGGAAUGUCCUCCGGGAACUGAGGGCCCACCCGGCUGUGUGCCAGGGACUAAGUGAUGGCGGAACUGAUGAAGAAUACCAGACGCUUGUCGAAGGACUCAAAGAGUUGCAGGGACUCCUCAUGGAGAAGCUGUUGCCUGGCUCAGCUGAGGAGCAAGCAGAGCAAGAAAGGAGUCACUACAUGCAGGAGCUGUCUCUUAGGCACCGCAAUAAUAUGGAGAUGGUGUCUAAACUGGAGGCAGAAGUAGCUGCUGCAACCAAAGACAAGGAUGCUGAGAUUUCUAAAAGGAAUGAGCAGAUCCGCAAGCUGAAGAGCUCCCUGAUGCAGAUGGAAAAGCAGUCGGAAGAGUUUGUGACCCGUAUGCAGCAGGAUGCGGAGAAGCAGAACCUGUCGGACAGAAAGACCUCGGAGGGCCGCUGUGCACACUUGCAGCAGGAAGCCAACCAGCUGCAUGGACAACUUAACAACCUGAUCACCGAGAACCGCGAAGUUGAGAUGGCCCUCAGGAAGAAGAAGAACAAGGUGGAGACUGAGACUGAGAACUGGAUCCAGAAGUAUGAUACAGACAUGGAAGAAAAACAGACAGAGCUGGAGGAGCUGUCCACGUUCUACACACAAGAGACAGAGGAGCUGCGGGACCUAGAAGAGCACUACGCAGUGCUGGAGCUGGAGUACAGCCAGAUCAUGGAGGAGAGGAGACUGGCUCAGGAGCAGAGGGAGGAGGAGGAGAGGGAACUAGUCAUUAUGCACCAGAAUGCAGUUGUUAUCCAGGCUUACUGGAGAGGCUUUAAGGUUCGCAAGGCAAUGAAGGGCAAGAGCAAGGGCAAAAAGGGCAAGAAAGGUAAAGGAAAGAAGAGCAAAUGA